GAAAAAGUCAACUAACAAAGACGUGUAUUUUCAUGACUGAGAUCAAAUUCUCCAAGUCUAAUGUAUCUGUCCUUUUCAGUCUUGACUUUUCCACUUGCUCUUUGUCUCCACUUGAUUUAUUUUUAUUGUCUAUUAUUGUUUAAUCAUUUUAUCUACACUACUGAACACAAAGCAACCCCAGGAAGAGAAACUUUAUUCAGAUAUCAAUCAAUCAUGCUCUCUCCAGUAAUCCUCAGAUUCUCCAGACCCAAUUCUUGUCUGAUCUUGCUCUUCUUCUUGUCCUAUUUACACCAUCUUCCUUGCGCUCUAAGUCAACCAGACCUUAGGUUAUGUGACGCUCUGUUUCACUGUGGGAAUCUCACCGCCGGUUUUCCUUUCUGGGGAGAGGCUCGACCAGAACCGUGUGGUCAUCCAUCCUUGGGGCUUCGCUGCCAACAAAAAUCAAAUUUAACUUAUCUAAUCAUCUCAGGUCUGAUGUACCGUGUCUUCCAAAUAGACAACUCAACUAACACUCUGGGACUUGCGAGGCAAGACUUUUUAGGUGAAUCAUUCUGCAGUGCUACGUUGACCGGCACAAGGUUGACUUCUGAACUCUUUGAGGUUUUGCCAGACUACAAGACCAUUGUUGUUUACUAUCUCUGCGAAACUCAGCUUCACAACUCCACGAAUUUCGCAUGUCCAAAGAUUGGUGUUGCCUCGGUGAAUCGGAACAAUGAAAACCAGGAACGCUGUGGUGCGAGUUUCAACAUCACUGUUCCAACGAAAUAUGUUCCAGAGGAGGAUGCUUUGAAUUUGACCCGUUUGGGAAGUGUUCUUAAAGAAGGAUUCGAGGUGAAGCUAAAGAUUGAUGCGAGACCGUGUAAAAAAUGUCAAUCUAGUGGUGGAAUCUGCGCCUACGAGGUUGCCACUCCGAUUUGCUGCAAGACAAACUCUUCAGGAUCAGUAAUCAACUGCAGUCGAAUGAUUCCAUCUAAAUCUAGUGUUGAUAAGCAUCACAAACACUGCGCAAGAAGGUUUAGCUGCGGAAAUCAGAUAGCACUCUCUUAUCCCUUUUGGACACCUGAGAGAGAAGAGUGCGGCCACCCGGAAUUUAUGGUCAACUGCACCGGAGAUUUUGCAGAGUAUAGUAUAUCCUCCGUUAAGUUCCAAAUCCUUGAUUAUCACUAUGAGUCUGGAAUCAUAAAACUCGACAGAAAGGAUUAUCACAACAAUCUUUGUCCCCAAUACCCUGAGAAUGCAGCAAUCAACCAAGAUGUCCUUCCAUUUCCUCACGACACAAUGCUGUCAAUACUUUAUUACAACUGCGCUGAUCCAGUGGUGAAAGUUCCUCCCAGUUUUCACAUUAGAAGGCUUCACUGUGAGGACGAUGAUAUUGGUGGGCACAGUUACUUUGUCUUGUCCGCUUCACGUUCUUGGGAUAGAGCUAUCUUAGAGGAGUCAAGUGCAUCGUGUGAAAGAAAUGUCAGUAUUCCAGUCUCUCGAUCUGCCUUGAGGAUAGAAGAUGGAAAUCCGACUCUGGAGGCUAUAAAGAAGGCUCUUGAUGACGGAUUCGGGCUUACAUUAAACAGUGACUGUUUUGGAUGCCUAGGAUCAGGGGGUUUCUGUGGUCAUAAUGUGAGCUCUAGAGCAUUCGUUUGCUAUUGUGUGGACGGGCCUCACGAGCAUACUUGCGAUAAUUCUGAGACACAGAAGACAGAGAUAGCAAAGACGAGCCAUUCCGAAAAAGCAAAAGGAGGUCUCCCCAAAAAAGCGAAAAUAGGCAUCGGAUUCGCUUGUGGAUUUUUGGGUGCCACUCUUUUAGCAGUAGGUUUGUUCUGUUUCAUCAACCGGAGAAGGAAGAAUCUGGCAGCUCAAAACACAAGCAAAGACCUUUCAACAGAGACUCCUUACUCAAGCAAUUACACAAUGUCAACCACUCCAACUUCCACAACAACUUUCGGAAGCAAACACUCUCUUGUGCAAUCAAUCUCUAACCUCGCAAACGGAAGCGUCUACUUCGGAGUUCAAGUCUUCAGCUAUGAAGAACUUGAGGAAGCCACUGAGAAUUUCUCUAGAGAACUCGGAGAUGGAGGCUUCGGUACUGUCUACUACGGCAUACUAAAGGACGGACGAGCCGUGGCCGUGAAACGACUCUUCGAGAGGUCUCUGAAACGCGUGGAGCAGUUCAAGAACGAGAUCGAUAUCUUGAGGUCCUUGAAACACCCUAACCUUGUGAUUCUAUACGGAUGCACAACGAGACAUAGCAGAGAGCUACUCCUAGUGUACGAGUACAUCUCUAAUGGCACACUCGCUGAUCAUCUCCAUGGAGACCAAGCACAGUCUCGACCUAUUUGCUGGCCUGCUCGACUCAACAUCGCCAUUCAAACCGCUAGUGCAUUGUCCUUCCUCCAUGCCUCAGAAGCCGUUGAUAUCACCAGGCACCGCCACGAUAUCAACCUCGCGAACAUGGCGAUCUCGAAGAUCCAAAAUGACGCCGUUCACGAGCUCGCGGAUCUGACCCUCGGGUUUGCGAGGGAUCCUUCCGUGAAGAGGAUGAUGAUGUCGGUUGCUGAAUUGGCGUUCCGGUGUUUGCAACAGGAGAGGGAAGUCCGGCCAUCGAUGGACGAGAUCGUCGAGGUUUUGAAGGGGAUUCAGAAGGAAGGGAUGCGAGAUUUUACGGAGGUGGUGGAAAUUGAUGUGAGCGGUGGAGAUGACGUUGGAUUGCUAUCGCACGGUCUUCCACCGCCGUUAUCGCCGGUGACUGAGAAAGAGACGAGUAGUUCGAAUACGACGGCGAGUUCGUUC